AGAUUCAAAGAAAACACACGCGCCUAAGUGUUAUCAGAAAAAAGAAGCAAGAAGCCAUGAAAACGGUGCUCUUAGCAUCGGUCUCUGGGAAAUCAAGCACCACCAUGGCCAUGGAAGACGACCGGUCCGAAUCCCGUGACAGUUGCUACUUCCCUGGGUGCCGAAAAGACGCCAAUUGCAACUGCAAGAUUUGCUUGGCCAGCAUCAGUGCCACCCUUGACCUCAUGCCCAUUAGCUGCCAGAAAAGCUCCCUCACCAAGCUCUCCGCUUCUACGCCCGACCACGACGUAGAGCGCACUCCAAUCUCGUUCAAUUCUUCGAUCUUGUCCACGCCUAAAUCGAAUUCUAAUCGGUUAUCAGCCUCUCCGAUUAUCAUAUCCAAAGCAAGAUUGAAUUUGGAGGAGAAGAUGGGAAAGAGCGAGGGAGAGCGGGGCUUGAGGGGUUGCUUUUUCAGAUUGGUGUUGGGUUUGUGCUUGAUUUUUGUGGCUGAAUUUGGGUUUUCUUGUGGGGUUUCUGGGCUGUUACAACCCGUGUUGUCACCGGAUAUAGUCAGGAGCCUUGGCGAGAAAUCUUGGGCUGUGAAAGAUUUGAAGGGAAGGCUGAGAUUCGUUCAGAAAGAGUUGCAGGGUCUUGUUGAUGGGCAGAUCUCAAAUUGCAGCUAUUCUAAUUCUAUUUGGAAGAUUGAUCAGGACGGUUUGCUCUUGAAUUCGCAUUGUACAUUGUACAAGUCAGCGAUGGAGGAGGUCUUCAUAUGGGGUUGGCCUUUGCAGACUGCGGGAUUGCUCACAACUGGAUUUUCUUCUCGAUCAUUCACUAUUUUAUCCGGCAGAGUGACAGAGUGGUCCGAUGGAAAGGUUGGGUUUUUGAUUCGGAAGGCAAACACUUCAUGGGUGCACCGGAAGUGGGGCGCGUCAGUCGUGCAAUUAAAUCCUGAAACCUGGGUUCUUGAGUAUCGGCGGAGCUCAAUAUUGGACAACAAAAGAUUAUUUUCAGCAGCGGCCGAGUUCGUGAAGUAUCGGAUCUCAAAAGUGGUUGGAAGGGUGAAGCAAGAGUUUUGGCUCUUCUCUGCUUCUGGAGACCUCCAGUUCUUCGAGUUUACAGCAACAUAUGAUACGAAGAUCCCAACUUAGAGAGAACCAAUGGAUACCGGCUUCUCUCAGCAGUGUCGGGUUCUCAUCUCUUGUGAGAAGCUUUUUUUUUGGGGGGUUCUUUUUUGGUCAUUCUAAGAUUUCAAAUUGUAUGUAAAAUGUUGCCCUACCUUUCAUUAAUGCAAUUUAAUCAGGAGCUCAAUGCCUCUAGGGUUUGUUUUAUUUGCAAGAAACUGAUUCU